AUACUUAUCUCCUUUCUCUUAUCCACAAUACACAUCAAAGCGAGACGAUUCCGGGUACGUUUGCUAAAAAAAUUCUCACAUCCAGAUUAAUUUUUCUAUUUUUAGUACCCGCAAGUAGAAGUCUAAAUAAUUCACAAUCCACAAUUUUAUCUGUCUCAUUAAUUUUCGGGGCAAGUUUUGUUCUUGCAAGCUCAAUUCAAAUCCUAUAUUUAAAGUUGUUUUCUGUCUCUUUCUCUCCACAGAAAAUUUUUUUUUUUCGUUUAACACCAUUGCUGUGAAUUGGGAUGGCCAUUUUUCUCUAAACCAAUAUCUGAUUUCUGGAUAACAGUUGGGUUUUCUACUUCUCCUUCGGUUUACUGGGUUUUCCUUUCAUUUGUUUGUUUUACUUUUUUUGUUUUUGUAUGGAUUUUCAGAAUGGAGGCUAAGCUAUCAUCUGAUGGAUCAAAAUCUUUUGAACUUGGGGAUGUUGAAUGUUUGAAAGAGGUUGGGUAUGGGAAUUAUGGGUGUUCACAUUAUAGAAGGAGAUGUAAGAUCAGAGCACCAUGCUGCAAUGAGAUAUUUGAUUGCCGACAUUGCCAUAAUGAGGCAAAGAAUUCUAUGGACACAGACCCUCUUGAUCGUCAUGAUAUUCCACGCCAUGAAGUUCAAAAGGUGAUUUGCUCCCUCUGUGACACAGAACAAGAUGUACAACAAUGCUGCAUUAACUGUGGAGUUUGCAUGGGGAAGUAUUUCUGUGGAAAAUGCAAAUUCUUCGAUGACAAUGUUUCAAAAAAUCAAUACCACUGUGAUGAAUGUGGAAUAUGCAGAACUGGAGGCGAGGAAAACUUUUUCCAUUGUAACAAAUGUGGUUGUUGCUAUUCGAAAUUGAUGAAGGAUGCACACCAUUGUGUGCAGAGAGCAAUGCACCAUAACUGCCCAGUUUGCUUGGAGUUUCUGUUUGACACAAUGAAGGAUGUAACUGUCUUAGCUUGUGCGCACACCAUACAUUUGGAAUGUCUUGAAGAGAUGCAGCAACAUUACCGGUAUUCUUGCCCAGUUUGCUCAAAGUCCAUCAGAGAUAUGACAAAUGUCUGGAGAAUGCUUGAUCGAGAGAUUACUUCAAAUCCAAUGCCUGCAGUAUACCAAAAUAAGAUGGUGUGGAUUCUUUGCAAUGACUGUGGAGCAAAUUCCCAUGUAAAUUUUCAUACAAUUGCUCACAAAUGCCUGAAUUGCAACUCCUACAAUACGAGACAGACCCGAGGAGGACCUACAGCAUCUUGCUCAUCAGGGAUGGCUGAGACGGUGCUAUGAAGGUGAUCUCUGGGUUUGACCAAAAAGGUCUGAGAUGAACUAAACUAUACUCUUUUUCCAUAAUUGGAAUUGUAAUAUAAAAUAAGAUGUAAAAACAGUGGCAGGAAACAACUCAUGUUUUAGAAUUGUUUCCAAUCAAAUGCUUUGCCAAAUAAAUUAAUUAAAUAAUGUCUUUGUAAAUAUUUAUUGUAUUAGAGACAAGGGGCAAAUCUUUGCUUUAGCAAAGCAAAAGAGAAAAGUUCAUGUAUCAACAUUCUGUUGUAUUUUUUUUUUUAAUAUUGAUUGCACAAUGAAAGGUAAUCAUCUCA